AUGAAAGUAGCCACUAAAAGAUCGACAAGUAGAAUCAAACGAUUACGUAACUAUGUUCUAAAACUAAACAUCUAUGGUGAUGAAAGUGAUUCGACACUCAUUGAUCAAUUAUUGUCGACACGAAUAUUCCUCAUUCUAUUAUUCAUACUUCUGAUUCUUAUUAUAGUUUAUAUCAUUCUUAGUGUUCAAACUCAUUCGGUGACUAUUCAGUCUCCCUCGGAAUCCACUUUCACACAACUGUCUCAACAGUAUCCAAGCACACUCUCAUGCCCAUGUUCACACACAUCUGUUCGACAUGAUCGGUUUCUCUCACUCAAUCCUCAGUAUCAUCCCAUUUGUACAAGUCUAUUAAUUAAUCAAUCAUUUAUUUCAUUAUUAUCUUCUGCGAAUGUGAGUGAAUAUCCCAGCGAAGAUUAUCGAAAAAUGGCAACAUCUCAUUUUCAAAUUCUUGCUUUACUUUGUCGAACAGUUCGACAAAUGAUUGAUGAUUCUUUCAGUGAAUUCCUCUUACAGCAUUACACUACUUCAGAAGUUGUCUCAAAUGAAACAUUCAAUGUUCAGAUGAAUCAUCUUGUAGAACAAUUGAAAACAACAAAUAUUGCCAAUAUAAAAUAUACAAGAGAUUUUCUGUGGUUGAACGUGUUCUACAAUGCAAUUUAUUCGGGAUUGAAGACAAACUUUUACGUUAAAGGCUCGGAUGGUCACCUUGUCAUCGAGCUGCUGAUUGCAUUACACAAGCUACAAUCACAAAGUUAG